GCGUUCAGUCUGCUCCAAGCCGCGACUGCGAUAACCUGCGCUGCGACCGGCUGCCGCGACGAAAACAAACCUACCCCCGGGAUACCUUGUCGUCAGAAUCGAAUAGAAAGUCAAAAUUGUAUCUUCUAUCAACAUCGAGUAACUAGAUUUGUUUGUCGGGCAACCUUUCGACAAGAAUCGAGUACGCCUCCGUUUGCAAUCUUUUGCCAAUCCGCGAGCUAAAACUAUUUUAACAUAUGAUACCAACGGGAGAACGUGAUACCUCGCGAUCGUACUCCUUGGUGGACAUGAACACGUUACCACCGUUUUCGUACACGGAGGGAUGAGAAAAUGCCUCUGUGAUGUUGCAUCGAAGCACAUCAUCGCGACGCUCUAGAGCAUCGCGCAAUAUGACGAAUUUUGGUCAUACGUCGCCGAUCGCCGGACCAAGAGGACGACGCGCUAGCGUGGCAACCGAUAAACCUGUCGAUUUGCCACCGACGAGUCUACGAGGAACUAUGGAACGUCAACGCUCUCCACGGGGCAGUAUCGUGCCCGAUAUUGCUUUAUCAAUGGGAAACGACAUCGAGCCCAUCCACCACAAGCCUCUGCUGGAGCGGGAUCAAUAUGGCGACACGCGGAACAUGUUCACUCAGAAGAUCAGUCGCAGCCCGCGAAAUUCCCUGGUUCCGGAUGAUUAUUACAGAAGUUCCCGUAACGGAGUUCGAAGUCCUCGGAACAGUUUGGUUCCAGAUACCAACUUGGCACCUGACAUGUUAUACAGUUCGCGACAUUCUUUGGUUCCGGAAGCUCCUUUGAGUCCCAGAAAUUCCUUGGUACCGGACGUUACUCACAAUAGAAGCCCGAGGAACAGUCUGAUUCCUCUGAACGCUUCAAGGACGUCCCUGAUGUCUGAAAAUGGAAAUCCUCCUUCUCGCAGUCCUCGACACUCUUUGAUACCCAAUUCUUCGAGAAGCCCCCGUGGAAGCAUGACCAACAUGGAACUGGUCGAUCGUAGCCCGCAGAGAAGCCCGCGAGGUUCCAUAGCGUCGGAGUGCUUGAAUCAGAGUCCAAGAAACUCGAUCAUUCCAUAUGAGGUGAACAGAUCCUCGCGAGGGAGCAUUGGCAUGAACGACGCGCCCAGAGGAUCGAUCGGUGCUAAUGAGGAAGAGACGAGAAGCACACGGCGAGGUAUCGAUUCUGACACGAUCGACAGAACUCCGAGGGGUAGCCUCAGUGGUUUGCAGGACAGAAGAGCCGCAAAGGCGAACAUGGUGGCGCACGAUCCGAGAAGGGCCUCUGCCGAUCAAGGUGUAUACGAGAAUCGAAAUUCAUCUCCAUCUCGGCAAAAGGAGGCAAACUCGGGCAGCGCCAAAUCUCGCGGAAGUACGGUUCAGAUCUCUCUAGGAUAUGGCCCAAAUACCUUCGAAGACUCUAGACGAGCCAGCAGCUCUGUAUCGCAGUUUUCAGGCGAUGAGUCGCGACGGCUUUUCACCAGCAGCGCCAAAGUGCCGGAGAACACAAUGGAGAACAGGAACCUCACCUACGGUUCCGUGGUGUUUCAAUUGAAGGACGCGAAUCUCGAAGCGAACAACAUCUGCGACUUUGUGUUUCGAGGGCUGAAGGUUGUCUGCAGAACCAGGGUGGUUACUGUUUGCCUGAUGUGCUUGUCCCCUGUCCCGGUUCUUAUGUUUAUUUACGGUUUGAGUUUCUCGAAAGAAUGUCCCAGAGAGCGAAGGAUACCCAUAUACAUGGUGAUUGGUGGAACAUUCGGAAGCAUGCUUAUGCCGUUGCUUAUCUACUCGCAGAUACGUUCAAGGAGACCAGAAAUGCUCUCGGUUCCGUCGACCAGAUCGCAAAUUUCUUUCAGGAAAUUGAUCAUCAUCGUCUUAUCAUGCUUCUUACUGGGGUGGUUCGUGAUGGGAAAUUACUGGAUACUUCACAUCAUGUGGCCACCGUACACGUACAUUAUACACACUCCGAAUGAUCACUGUCACAGAACUCUUUAUCUGUUUUCCUUGGCACAUCUGGGCGUGAUAUAUAUCACUUUCGGAAUCAUACUGCUCGUGAUAACCGUACUGGCGUCUUUCAGAAUCCUAGCGUGUCCGUUGCUAGAAAGAUACAGAUAACAACAACGAUUUAAUUACGUAAAUGAAGCGGUAUCACAGAAACGACGAGUGCAAGUAGAAUAUGGCCAGAACAUCGUCCAAGGGCAAAUUUUGAAAUCUGUCGUAAAGCGGAAUGACGAUUGCGCCAAGCAUGACAGCGUUUCCAAUGAUCAAACCUGCAACCGAACCUACAACCACUAUCACUAUUACAAACUAUUACCGACGGCUCAGAAACUUGGACCCUCGAGUUGCGACGGAAAGAAGAAAUUGCAUUUACAGUUUAACAUCGGCUGCGACGUCGAAUCGAAAGUAAAUUAUGGAAAUCGACAAUUCGUAACCUAACAAACUCCAGGAGAAUUGGAAUUAUGCGAAGAUAGCUGAAAGCAUGAUCGUGUCGAUCGAACACCGUAGAAUCUGGCAAAUUACCAUCAAACCCCAAGGAAACAAACGACUUUCAAAGAAGAUUCUUAUCUACCGACUAUAUUCACGCACUAAGCAGUAACUUUGACGAGGAAGAAUCGAUUUCGCGAAGAUUAAACUUCCUUUGCCAAAACGAAAACAUCUCUUCCAAGAAAGAAGGAAAAUAAUCAGAAUACACGUACAGCUACGGAAAUUGUAUGUAGGUGGUAAACUUACGUUACCGGAAUCUAUUCAAGAGAAGUUUAUCGCUUGGGAUUUUGUGAGAAACCCUGCCUGCAUCGUAAAAUUCGAAUAAUCUGGAUGAGAAGAGGCGAAGAGGAAAAUACCAGAAGAUUCUUUCCAAGUAAAAAAUCAUGGAAGAUAAAGAAACCGUUGGAACAAUUCACGAGAAGAAACAGACGAUAAAGAAUACUGGAUGUUUAUUGUCACGAGACACGCGUAGGCGUAUAUACGUAAUAAGCUGUUAUUCGAUUUAAAGCUGGGAUCUAAUCAGCAAAUCAAAUUCAACGACGCAGCUCUCUCCGACGAGCAGCGUUUCCGGAACGUAAAGAAAAGGAGGGCCACAAACCGUACACAAAGCGAACAGCAAAGAAAGAUACAUCAGAAAAUUCCCGACAAUUUCUGCCUAUAUUUUAAGAAUUAUGAAAAAUAUCCGGCUCAUCGAAGAAGAUCUUAAAUCUUUCACGAGGAUUUCACUAAAAUCAGAAAAACAGCGACGAAGAAAAAAGCUUUGUAAUCGUUCAUCGAUUCCUGACGGUAAUGUUUAUUAAGAAAACCGAAGGUAAGCGACGCUUUUAUUGUUCCUUUUCUUUGGAUACUUUCGACGAUCUCGAAAGUUCGCGCUUGAUGGAGCUUGUAUCAAAUAGGUGUAAAUCUUGUCAAUCAAUAACAAUUACGUCGUGACGUGUAAUAUUUACGAAGGUGGAUGUACUUUUUGUCGAUACUUUUAUCCAGGUCCAUUCGAAGAGCUUUCCGCAUAUAUAUCGACUGGCUAACACGUUUUAUUGUCACGUGAAAAUCCGUACAAAGGAGUUUUGUUGUACAUAAUACUUUUUAUAAGUGUUUUUAUCGGCGGUUAUGGGGUUCCAUUCAUGUUGCAUGUUAUUCGAACUACGAGGUCGGUACAAACGUAUCUGUGUAGCUAACACUGAAAUCCAUUUAACUGUUAACUGGUCUGUCACACUAACCAAUGUUUCUCUUUACCUUCAUUCGUUUCUCGGUUUUUUUCUUAUUUAAUCGUAAUCGUUUAUUUUAACUACUAUAUUCUUUCGUUUAUACACCGCGUUCAAUGUUAUAACAAAACAUACGCAUUCUGUUGAAACAAACCCUCGUAGAUCUUCUUUCUCGCGAACAACGUGGGUCUGCGGUUAACAGUUAAAAUCCAAUUAAUACGAUGUCACAAGGUUACCAGAAUACAACAGAAAAUCGCGAUGUUUAAUGUUUCAUCGAUUUAUGUCCAUCAUCUUCAACUCGAGGUGACGGAAAUCGUCGUCACGAUGUUGAACAGUGUCAAGAAAAAAAAAAAAAAAAAUUAUGUGUAUUUCGUUCGUGUCUGUUAUUAAUCGCGAAGGCUCGAAUAUAUCACUAAUCUGAUACAAUGAUAAAGCCUAACAAAGGAUAUGUUGUCUGUAAACUAUUUUAAGGAUGAUGUAUCGUUCGAUGUAUUUUCGUUGCUUUUCACGAGGUAACGCGAUCAGGACGACCCGCGUGACUUCCGCUGAAAAUUCUCUUAGCUCGGUGUGUGGCAAGUACAUACCAAUGACUGUCGACUAUGGAAAUAAAAAAGAAGCGAAAUCUGAUUGAAAAGAGGACAAAAUGAAUAAGUGUCAAUUAAAUCAGCGCAUCGGAAAUUUCAUUCCAUCGCCGUGAAACACUAACGGUCGAUGACACUUUGAUGUAUACAUACACGUAUAUAUAUAUAUAUAUAUUCUGUCUAUAUAUCUACAUAUAUACAAUAAAUACCUAUACACGUACGCUCUUACGCUAUUAAAUAGUCGUUAUUGAAGAAUCGACCAAAACAAGAUGAAGAAGAGCUCUAUAGGUAUUUUUAGGGACACGACACGAACGAGACACGUUCAUUGAAAACGUGUGUUUCUCGUUCGGCACGCGUGUCAUCUAAAUGAGAGUAUAAACGUAUAGAGAAAGGCUCAUCUUCAAUUCUACGUACGACGUCCAUGAUUGCGUGGCGAUUCGAAAACGGGUCCAUACUUAUAGUUGUCCGUACGAGUAAAUGUUACUAAUCUGUAAUCGUGUACACUUUGUCGAUGUAAAAAAAAAAAAAAAAAAAUGUAUGUGAACCAUCUUAGUUAAACAACUGUAUUCGUUAAUCGCGUUCGCGAUCGUUCUUCUGAGUUUCAGCCAAGAUGGCGAAUGUAUCGUUUCAACGUACAAUUCAACGUACAAAAUCAACGUACAAUUUUCAGUCGAACAAAGAACAAAAGAAAACAGUAGACGAAUAAUGCGAAGAUGUUUACUUGCUCUAUUAAAUUGAUAUAUGUUUGCCAGUGACUGUGUCGACGAGUUUAUGACACUUCGUUGAGAACGCAGAUCGUCUAUUAAAUUGCCGACGGGAAAAUCAGCGGAAUCGUUGCCCGAUUUUCGCGAAAACCGUGCCUGGCGAACUGAAAUCAACUGAAAAUUUCAUUUCCGAGCUGUCAAACGUGUACGUGUACCGUGUUGUGAUUUAUGAGAUGCAAAAUUCUUUACCAUCGUCUACUGACAAUUUGGCUCGACAGGAAAACGCACUACGACUGAAUCAAACGAAAAAAAAGAUAUUAUUUGGAGAAUCCAGAAUCAUUAACAAAAUCAACAGAUCAUCCUAUAUGCUCGCAUAACGAUAAGAUCGAAACGGGUAAGCACAUAGAGGCUGCAGGCGCCAGGCACGAACCUCGUCCAUGUGCACAACGAAGUACAAAGAAAAAGAAGGAAUCAGCCAAAAAAUUUAGCAGAAAUUCACACGCAUCGCGUACAUGAUAGAAUUCAACUCGGAGGCGUAUAAAAUUAGAGGCACACGAAGUGAAAAAAGGACUUGAAUAUGUAGUUACGUAUGAAAUUUAACGCGUAACACGCGCCAACGUUUCGAGGGAUUUUCUAACGAGUUUCGUUGAAUCUACUCGAAACGAUGUUUUACAGGAGUCUCGUGGGAUCUACGACACUACGAACGAAUAGGAUUACCGAGAAACGAGAACGCUCAACUUCCAUCUGCACUGCUUGCCGGAAACAAAUAUGUACUUAUCUUCGAUCAUUCCAUUCGCUUAAAACAUUGACUAUCGCGUCAUAGCAAAAAUCACAGACGUAAGUGCGUUCACCAUCGAAUCUUUCGCAGUCACUAUUUACGCGGUAGCUCGUAUCGAUAAAACUUGGUUCACAAUCGUAUUAAGGAAUCAACGAAACGAAGUAUUCCCAUGACGUGGUUACAUUGAUUAGCUGAAUAGCAGCGAAACUGUUUGCUCAUUAGUUGUUUCACGACAAUUUAUCGCAUACUAUUAAUCAUUGCAGAUUUUCAUUAGCGCCGUUCACGGCCGUACGAGUAAGUGUGAACGAGUGAAUGACACGAGUGAAUGCGUUGUAACGCUUGCUACAAUUUUACAAUGAAGAUUAUCGGGAAAUCGUGAAAACGUAAAUCUGUAUUUGCCUCGCGUCCCUCUUUCUGUGGAAAAAGUUACAUAGUUUGAUUUUCGAAUUGGCGAAAUAAAAGUGAAGUGGAACAAACGGUUCGACCGAAUGCGACGACGAUUUUAAUCGGGGCCGGUAACUCGCCAUUUCGAUAGUCAACUGAAAUCGACAGGCGCAAAUAAACCCAUCGUUUCGAUAUUCUUCCGAGGGUGACAAUAUUCGCGGAAAUAUUUUUUCGCAGACGCGAAACCAGUGAUACUGGCCUAAGGUACUCUGAAAUUUCAAUUAAAACGCUGCGCGACGACAAAUAUGAAAUUAAUCAACAAAAUGAUUUCGCGAUUUGAUUUAACAUUUCCACGAAUCCCGAUGCCCUGUAAAGUGGAUGUAAUAUAGAUCUAUACAUAUAUAGUAUAUACAUGUAUAUCUGUCUCUGUACGCGAGUCGUGAAAGAGAAAUCCUGUUACUCUGUACGGAACCGAGCUACAAUAGGACACAAGGUUCCUCUUUGGCGAUCUCCUCUAAUCCGUAGCACGUAAGAAUUAACAAUUGUGUUGAUAUAUUUAAUAUAAACGUGUCGUUGGAUUUAUAUAGAAUAGAGAGCUUAUUUAUUUUUAUACUGGAUGGUUUGAUAGCGUCCUAUAUAUUUAAUUAAACAACGUGCAAGCGGCGAAGAGAUGCUAUUUAUUAUUAUCGCGAGAUUUCUUCGUUUAUUCAGAUUUCGCUAUACGCGUGACUCGCGUCGGUUGAUUUUGUCGUUGAUUAACAGAUCGUCGUAUUAAUUAAAAUAAAUAUCAUACAUGUACGUAAUAAUACAUAAACGUAAUACAUAUCUUGUAAUUAUGUGACAAAUAUAACGUUUUUCAGUGAGAACAUUUUAGAAAUGCGUGAGGUGCGUUUAGUCGUGUCGUAAACUAUUUAAGUAGUGGUUAGAAUUAUUUGCACGCACUAACAUCGCGAAUGUGGUCCAGGCUUUAACGUAGAAUUCACGUCGUUAACACGUUCCAGUGUUUCCUUCCUUGGUACCCGAAAAUAGCGAUGGAAACCAUCCAAAUGUUACCAGAUCAAUCGAACUUUCAUUUUGCGACCUUGAACAAUAUCCCAGUACCAUUGUAACUUCUAUAUCUAUAUCCGUAUCGCGCGGUCACCCUUUCCAGCGAUGCUACAAACUAAUUUCCUGUCCCGUGCUUCAUCAUCGAUAUUAUUACGCCUUCGUUCAAGAAACAGAAAAGUUGCCAGCGCUAUUUACGGGGCCGAACCAACUAUGUAUCGCAUAUACAUCGAUUACAUUUUUCUACACCAUUUGCACUAUACCAACGAGCAUGCUACGACUCGUGUUCUUUCGAUAUAAAUAUACCUCAUUAAUCGUCCGUGCGUAGAGAAUACGAGUUGGGAGAUCGCAUCGUGCGCGAAAUUAACAUCGAAAGCAGUACCUCUGAGGGCGAGGCGCCAUAACUGGGCGCCAGCUCGUACACGCGUAUUCUUGUUCGACCAUUAGUUUCGACGCGGCCGUUAAUUAGGUCGACCGAUUAAUACGAGCGUGAAAUAACGUUUAAAAAAAAAAAAAAAAGGAACAACGGCAGAAAUGAAACGAUAUAGAUGCUAAUAAACAGUGCACGUUGCAACAUGUCCACCAAAGUACUCCGCGAUUACUAGAUAGCGCCGUGCUGCUAUUGAUUUUCCACGGUUUAUAGAGGAUGGCAAGAAGAACGCUACGUCUUUUUCCUUUUUUGCUAUCGUUACGAUCGCGAUUAAAAUAUGAACUGCUAUGUGUAACGAAUGGCUUCUUUCAGAAUCGAAUAUCAAGCAUACGAACAGGAAAGUGAGAAGUGAAUGAAAAUAGGAUUCGUAUUGAAUAAAUAAAACGUCCCUAUUUUGUCGCGAGAGUCGGCAACCCCUUGUACUCGCGUCGAGGCCGAAGUAGUUUCGUCUUGAUAUUCUUUCGCGAAGCCAUUCGAACGAGUACGGCGCGAACGUUUGUUUGUCUAGUCUCUCCCGUUAAUAUGGCCAUUUAACGUGUUCUCAUUUGCCCGAGAAAUUAACGCCUCAGCUCGAUUCAUAAAAGCGUGUAACAUCUACACACCUCCGCUUCUACCGAAGGCAGCUCGUUUCGUCGAACAACCACACGAAGCGGAAUUGCACGUCAAGCAGUCAUAGCUGUCGAAUUACCAUCGAUCGCGUCACUGGUGACAUUUUUCCUUACCUGGCGCGAACACACCGUUUCCCAAGGCCCACGCUCAAGCCAACAAGCAAGAGAUCGUAUUCACGCGAACCUGGCAGCGAAAUAUCGGCCAAUCAUCGGGUAUCGUCGAUUCGAAUACGAAAUAGACCUUGUCGCAGGACUGGCAGAACGUCCGAAAGGGAGCACAUCGAAAAUUAUUUUUUUAAAAGCGCCAUGUUUCGAGUGACUUUACACCGCGACCAAUCGUGAACCUGUACCUUAUUGUUAGAGCAAUGUCUUCGAAACGACGAUACGUACUCGUACUUUCGGUCGACAGAGAAUGUCUGUACUGGUAAUUAUUCGUUGUUUUAUCAAUUCCGCUGAUUUAUCGUGUUGCCAGGUGAACAAUAGCUGGUAUAACGUUUACACCUCGUUUCGACGAUAGAUACACGUCGAUUACGCUUCCGUGCGUAUUAUACUUAAUCGUUGUAACGUCCUUACACAAAGCGGUAGCGUGACGAUAUGACACGAUUCGAGCGUGUAUAACGAUCUCUUGGAACGUGUCCCAGGAAGUUGUACAUCUUUUGUGAACGCACAGUUGCACGGCUCAUAUAUGGGAUGCGCGUCGCUU